AUGGAUGCCUCGUGUUACAAGGAGGCACUCGCUUCGGCAAAGGCAGCAGCCUUAGCUGCCGGAGAGAACUGUUCUUCAUGCUUGUUCAGACGACAAACAAAGCCGCUCCAACGUUCCCGUCCCAACGACCGCUCACCAGACCACCAAUUCAUGGGCGAGGAGUCCACGUUUGAGGAGGCCGGUGGUGGGGAAGCAGUCGACGCGGACAUCAUCGGCACGUCCCCAACGUGGGUGAUCGACCCGCUGGACGGUACUACUAAUUUCGUGCACGGAUACCCGCUCUUCUGUGUCAGCAUCGCGCUGGCUGUGGAUGGUGUGCCGGUCAUCGGUGUCGUGUACCACCCUGUGUCGGGGGACCUGUACACUGCGUGCCGCGGUGAGGGAGCCUUCCUGAAUGGCGUAAAGGUUGAGGUGCGACCUGCGCAGGGACUCGGCGAUGCCCUAGUGGUCAACAAUAUCGGACCUGCCAGAGACGAAGCCUUCAUUGCGACAACUCUGGGGAGACUCGCGGAGCUGCUUCGGAGGAAUGUGCAAGCGAUCCGCAUGUCGGGGUCGGCGGCACUGAACAUGUGCCACGUCGCUUGCGGGAAGCUAGACUGCUAUUACGAAGACGGGUAUGGUGGACCGUGGGACGUCGCCGCGGGUCUGGUCAUCGUCAGAGAGGCGAAAGGCGUCGUGCGAGAUUUGCGGAACUCGGAGUUUGUGCUCAGGCCUGGGAAGGGUCGGGUGGUGUGCGGCAACGAAAGGGUUGUCAACGAAGUUUGCGCUGCUCUGGAGGCCGCGGACAACCGGGGAGGCAGUCCCAGCUGACGGUGUAACAUGACUCUGCACAACCCGCCGUACAAACCCCUCCCCGUUGUAGUUGUACGUACUCCCUUUACCGUGGCGGCGGGUACUGGGGACGGGCGUGAAAAGUGUCAGACUGAUAGUUCGAACGCUUAACUUCACGCGACACUGGGGGGUCAUUUUGAGCUCGUCGCAGCAAGCCCCUAUUGCUGUCUACACCAAAUAACAGACCGGGGAUAGCUCCGGCGAGAGUCUAAAGCCGCCCGCCUUGUUUUCCUUCAAUGAUGAAGAGAAAGGCCCGAACGUACGCGUUUGUGUGAUAGCUAUUUUGUUUCAACAUAGAGACAACGCGGCGCCUUAUAUUAAUAGUGUCGUGGACGCAGCGCACCAAGGUGGGAACGAUAUUGCUCAAGUAAGUGUGAUGAUCGGACAAAGAUGGGUUGCUGUAUUUCAUGGUUUGUUGUCCUAAACCCACGAGAGUUUUUAUGGUCUGU